AUGACUCCCACGAAACAAACUAUAGGGUCCAGAAAUGAAACCUUGAUAGAAGGGAAGAGGUUUGGGGUAUCUGUUUGUGUGACGGCAGAGACAGACACUGUUUCUACCAAGACCAUCGCUUCCAACAGCCCGGACACCACCAAUAAUUUUGGCAAAGAUACCAUCGCUACAUUCGAAAUAAUUCUCGGUCAUAAUCAAGAAACCAUCCAGCGAAAUGAGCUCAAAGAGAACCACGCAUCCUUGUUACUCGAAUUACAACACUCUCCUACUUCAGCGGAAACAGAAAGGGGGAUUGUCUAUGUUCAGGAGCACGAACUUGGGAACGGGCUUUUCAAGAUCGGCUGCUGGAUAGAGGACACCGCAAGAACGCCCGGUGGUCCUUUCUUGGCGGCGAGCAAGGUUAAAAACCUUAGUCUAAUUGCACUUCAUCCUCAGAACCUCGAGGUCACGGAAUGCCACCGUUGUGGACGAGGAUACGAGGAAUGGAUCAGUGCCCCAGUAGAGAAGGUUCUGGAGACAGUCAAGACCUUGGAGAACUUUGUCAAGCUCCCGGCCUACGAGUCGAAAGAUGGCCAGAACUGGGAGCUCUCCUCUACUGCCGACAAAAUCAUCAGGGCCAUGGACCUCUUCUCGUUAGAAAGACUGAAGAAUUCAAUGGAUUCAACCGAGGGAGACUCCACUGACAAUACUGUUGCCAGCUUUGCAACGCGGUUAAGCCAAGAAACGGUUACUUACAUCGCUGAGACUGCUGCGUCUCCAACCUUACUCAACACCGAAGAAGAAGUGGAAGGGAGACGGACCCUUACGACACCUGAUUCCAAGAGCUUCAGCAAAGACUCCAACUCUAAAAUUUAA